AUGUGGAGUUCGUUGUUACGCACUUUGUCCUCGCGGCAAUCACCGUCAAUCGGCAGCCUACUGCGAUACUCCAAUCAACGGGUGGCAGUGCCUCUGCGAAGCAAAAAGCCUAAAUCCGACAAACCUACGAUGCAAUACUUUGUCGAUUGCCGGAAGAUUCGCGCGGUCGGAGGUGGCGGUGGAGACGGAUGCAUCUCGUUUCUGCGCCUUUGGUGCAACGAAAACGCCGGCCCUGAUGGGGGCGAUGGUGGCAAUGGAGGCCACGUUGUCCUGCAGGCAACGCAGGAUGUGCGUGAGUUUAAUCACAUAACGUCGAUGAUACGGGCCGAGGAUGGCGUGAAGGGCGCAACGAAGGACUGUCACGGGCGGAACGCGAACCAUACGGUGGUGAAGGUUCCGCUCGGAACGAUCGUGAAGAACGCUCAAGGAAAGGUGGUCGGUGAUCUGAGCACCGAUGGGAUGAUGUUUGUGGCGGCUCGCGGCGGUGCCGGCGGAAAGGGCAAUCAGUUCUUCAAGAGUGACCUCGAGCAGGCCCCACAAGUAGCGGAACUUGGGGCCAGCGGUGAGGAGAUGGAAUACACGCUCGAGCUUCGCAGUAUGGCCCACGUUGGGUUCAUUGGAUUGCCGAACGCGGGCAAAAGUACUCUACUGAGGGCAAUUAGCCGUGCUCGACCAAAAGUGGCGCCAUACCCGUUCACCACACUGCGACCACACCUCGGGAUGGUCCAGUACGAUGAUUACGAGCAGAUUGCUGUGGCCGAUUUGCCGGGACUGAUCGAAGACUCACACCGGAACAAAGGACUGGGCAUUCAGUUCCUGAAGCACGUGGAACGCUGCAAUUCCCUUCUGUUCGUAGUGGAUGCUGCGGCCGAAGAACCGUGGCUCCACUACCAAACGCUACUUAAUGAGCUGAGUAUGUUUAGCGAAGAACUCCUCGACCGACCACGGUUGCUGAUCGCCAACAAGAUUGAUUUGCCGGAAGCGGAACGAAACCUGGAGCUCCUGGCACACCACGUGGACAUCCCCGUCCUUCCGGUGAGUGCCCGGGUGGGCACCAACAUUACGCAGUUGUUGCGUGAGAUUCGCAUUCUGCAUGAUGCUGGUGUGCAAACACUGGCUGCGGGGCCUGUGCAAGAAGGGUGA